CCAAUAACGCGAAGCUGUGGGCUUCUAAUAUUUCAAUAUUAUUUUAUAGAAUUUGGUCGCUAUUUGACUAGGAAAGAGUCGCACAAAGCCGCAGCAAUGGUUGGGUCAUUAGUUCUUAUGAAACUGCUACAUUGCAGGCGUUUACGCCAUGAUAAAUGUAAGAACAAGAAAACAGAAGACUCCGUAAUUGCUCAUCACUCCAAAGUAAAGAAGGAGCCAAAAGGCCUUGAGGACUACACAUGCAGAGUAUGUCUUAAGGAAGGUAAUAUUCCUCUUUAUGGCGACGAUGCCCGUAAAGACAUUGUAGAAAGCUUGAAUAUGUUUGGAGGCAUUGAAGUACAGAUUGACGAUAUAUUUCCCAAAUAUUUAUGUGAACCGUGUCUUUCUCUGUUAGAUGGCGCGAUUUUAUUCAGAAAAACUGCUCAACGGUCUGAACUGACACUCAAGGAGGCUACAGAACAUAAUUUAAACUUUAACAAUGACAGUGACCACAACUAUGAUUCAGAACAUAAAGUGGAUGUGAAACCUAACUACCAUUGUCGCCGUUGCAAUGUAGAUUUUAACCUAUUUCAAGAUUACAAUGAACACAAAGCGUCUAUAGAACACGAGAAUAUGAAGAUAAGAUGUCCAAUAUGCUCUAAUUUGUAUUCCGAAUCAUAUUUGAAAAAGCAUCUGUUGUUGCAUAAACCGGAAGAUGUCCCAUUCGUUUGUGAUAUCUGUGGGAAGAAGUUCAUCAUGCAGGGACAGUUUACAAGGCAUCGGUUGACACAUUUCUAUGAUUUACCCUUCAAAUGUUCCCUUUGCCCGUAUAGAGGGAGAUUUACCGAGUCAUUAAAAAUGCAUAUGAGAACGCAUACUGGAGAUAAACCGUAUCAAUGCUCGCAGUGUGCUAAAUGUUUUAUAAGUAAAAGUAACCUUAACAAACAUAUGCAUGUGCAUAAAGCGGAGCAUGAUUUUAAAUGCGAAACUUGUGGAAGAGGCUUCAACACAAAACGGGCUUUAGACCUACAUUUCAAAGUUGAUCACACUGGCAUAAGGGACCAUCUCUGUAACAUCUGCGGUAAGGCAUUUGGAUAUCGGAAACAGAUGAUGAAGCAUCAGCUGAAGGUACAUAAAAGAGAGAAGAUGAGAUCUGGAAGAAUGCCAUUGUACUUACAGGUGGAGUCUUUGGAAAAAAAUGGAAUAGAGGCUCCUAUUUCCGAUAACGUUGUCAUGUAGAAAAUUAUGAUGAUGUUAGUGAUAUAUAUUUCUUUAUUCUUUCAUGUAUUCUUAGGAAAUCAUGCCAAUUAUUCAAAGAUGGUGUCGCUGAUGGUAUAAGUCAGCAGUUACUUCUUUACUUCCUAUGAUGUGUCCAAUUAUUUGUUUAUUAGUUGCCUAUAAAUAAAUAAAUAAUCUAUUA